UUGGCUUUCAUUUUGGAAUUGAAUUGAGUUUUGGUUUCAUUCGACAAACAAAGCACUGAUUCGUCAGUCGAUUCACUGCUCACUCGUCUCCUGAAGAUUGUCUCCAUCGGGAAGAAGUGGUCUCUUCUGUCCCAACACUUGCUCUCUCUGUCCACCCCUUCGCCACCACUUCACCCAAACCAGUGACACAUCCGAAGACAUAAUCGUAUUGUUUGUAUUGAUUGUCGAAAUGGAAGCCAUUUAUUGAAUCGCAAACAGAAUGUCAAUCAAUCCGUCAAUUGAAGAGCUCUUCGCUCCUAAUUGUCUGUCAAUUAGAUCCGCAUUUGAUUCGCACGACACUCACCGCCAGACUCAUGGAUCGCAACCAAUGGGCGCUGUCUUCUCAGCCGCAGUGCAACUCAAGUCAAGGCAGUCGUGGCACGCAAUCACUGACUGAUCCGUCACUCAGUGGUCGCCAAUCAAAUCGCUUCAAUGGGAACCGUCGUCGCAAUGAAGCCAUUCAUCGGAACGUCACUCAAAGCAAACAAAACAACAGCCAAUCGGGCCGUCAGUCCAACUGGAGAGCGGGUCGUCCCAGAGGUUCCGGUUCUGUGGCCGAUGUUGUCGACUGUGACCUGUCUUCCCAUCACUUGAGCGCCGGCUCUGCAGACCUAUUGAGUGACAAAUUGGAUAAUAAGAAGAUCUAUGGCUCAAAGAAACACAAUUUGAAUCAUUUGCUGAACUUUACGUUUGAUGCCAGAGAUGACACGUCGGGUGACCACAGAGUCCAUCAGCGAAGAGGUAACCAUCAGAGAGGCUAUAAUAAGGAGCACUUCCUUCAAGCGAACUGUCAGUUUGUGGUGAACGACCUCAACGACUACUCCAUCCAUACGUCAAAUCCAGACACGAGUGUCGACUGGAAUUCGGUCGAAGAGAUCCGUUUCAAGACGGAUGGAGAGACGUAUUGUCCGAUCUGUUUGGACAGUCCGGUGGCGCCUAAGAUGACCCGUUGCGGACACAUCUACUGCUGGUCGUGUGUCUUGCAUUACCUGGCGCUGAGUGACCAGAAAUGGCGCAAAUGUCCCAUUUGUUUCGAUUGGAUCCAAGCACAAGACCUCAGAUCCGUCGAGUCUCACAAUAAAACUGAUUACAAAAUCGCGGACUUUAUUACACUGUGUCUCAUGAAGCGCAAGAAGGGCUCAACCAUUGCCACUCCGGCCCUACUCUACGAUCAUAACCACAACUCCUUUCACCAGAAGUUUCAACCACUGAAUGGCGAUCCAGUGAUGAGUUCCUAUCAGAAGAUACUGAUUGCGUCACCCAAUCAGGUGUUGCGCCAAAUCAUUGAACGCGAGAAACAACAGCUCUUGAGUCAAAUGACUGCAGACAAAGACACUCCUGAGGUGUGUUUCAUUGAGAACGCUUUGGAUGAGCUCAAGAUCAGAGAGGAUUUGCUCCUUAAGAGAGAGGAUUUGCUCCUUAAGAGGUGUGACACCAAUACUGGCGAUGACUCUCCUCUCGAUGGCAACAGUGGGGGUAAUGUCGAGAAAGUGGACAACCAUUCGGACGAUGAGUUCUAUUACUUCUAUCAGUCAGAAGACGGACAACACAUUUAUUUGCAUUCACUGAACGUUCGGAUAUUGAAACAGGAAUUCGGUUCACUAGACAACUGUCCCAACAAAAUAAGCGCUAAAAUCGUUGAGACCGAGUGGGAGUCCAUGUCCGACGAGUUGCGCAAACGAUACCGAUAUCUGCAGCACUUGCCGCUCACCUGCGAGUUCCGUAUCGUUGAACUCGAGUUCAAUAACGAACUCAUCUCUGAGCCAACGCUGAAGGGCUUUCACGACGAAGUCAUUCACAGACAACGCGUCCGAUCGAAGCGCGCGCGAGAGGAGCGCAGACGGGAGAGACAUAUUCAGGUCGAGCAGAAUAAGCGCAUUCAUGGCAUAUACCCGCGCCCUAAGUAUCGGUUGGAUAAUAUGCAACAGUUCCCCAACUGCUUGCAAACACCCGACGCCAUGCACUCCAUGUCGGAAUCGUCGACGAACGACGACUCGUCGCUCACCACUCCAGCCAAUGAUAACGCGUCGGCCAACUAUGGCACGAGUCCUCCCGUCGAACCGGAAUUCCCAUCGUUUGCAUCGAUGCUUCGCGAAGGAAAGGCUAAACCAGUGGUCACUUCAAAGACCAAUACAGUGAUCGGCAAUGAAUUGGCGGCCAAUGAGUCGGAGGAUGAGUAUCAGCGGCCGACGGCUUAUAACUACUCGUUAAGCGAUGCGUUUGCGGCUGCGCUCCAACUCAAGAGUUCUGGUCCUCAAACCGAUGGCAACAAAAAGGGCUCAAAGAAGAAGAAGACUAAACCAAAGCUUUUGAUGAGUACUGGAAUGAAUCGCAUGUAUUAG